AUGGAUUGCAACGUAAAUAAUAUACAGGAAAUAACAAACAUAAAAAAUGUAGAAACAGAAGAUGUAGAUAUAAAAGUGGUUAAUACUAAUCAAUUAGAAAUUAAUGAAUGUGAUGAACUACAAAAUGAAGUAAAUAAAAUGAUUGAAAGAAAUAGAAUAUAUUUAAAUGUUAAAAAUGAUAAAACAUUUUCAAAAAAUAAAGAUAAUAACACAAUAAAACCUAUUAGAAGGACAUAUAAUAAAUUUAAAAAUACUUUAAAGAAUAAAAAUUUAAAGCAAAUGACACAAGCUGGAAAAGAACUAGAAAAAAAAAUGCUAGAAGAAAUAAGUGAAAGAAGGAAAAAAAAUAAAAUAAAAAAGGAAAAGAAAAAAGCUAAAAAAUUAGAAGGAGAAUUGAAAGUGGGGAAUAUGACUGUCAUUAAAGAUAUAUCAAAAAUUCGCAAAUGUGAUAAAAAAACAAAAAAUAAAAUAUAUAAAUUAUCAUCCGAAGUUAUAAAUAAAAUUUUAAAAAAAAAUUAA